AUGGCCUGCAGGGUGAAGGAUGAGUAUCAGCGGCAUUACACGGUCACAGAGCCGAGGAGCCACCCCAAGGGCCACACCGAGUAUAAAGUGACAGCCAAGUUUGUUUCGAAGACGAACCCAGAGGAUGUCAAGCAGAUCACGGUCUGGAAACGGUACAGUGACUUCAAGAAGCUGCAUGGGGACCUGUCCUACAUCCACCGCAACCUUUUCCGGCGCAUGGAGGAGUUCCCCACCUUCCCCAAAGCCCAGGUCUUUGGCCGCUUUGAGCCCGAGGUGAUCGAGGAGCGCAGGAAAGCGGCUGAGGCCAUGCUGAGGUUCACGGUGCACAUUCCUGCGCUAAACAACAGCCCCCAGCUCGAGGAGUUUUUCAGGGGAGGGGAGGUAAAGAGGCCCCUGGAGGCCUGUGACCUACGCAUCCUGCCGCCCCCUCUGAUCCCAGUACCACAGGAGGGCACAGAUACACCCACACUUUCUCCUGUGCUUCUUGCCUGGCUCACAGGAGACCCUGCACUGGCUGCUAAAUCCGAGGAGGAUCUGGAUCUGCUCUUUGCCUCGGUGGGGGAGGAGAAGGAGAGCGGGUCACCUCUCCACGGCCCCCUGUCUAACCAGGACCUGGCCCUCUUUGACCCCUUCAUCAAGGAAGGAGACCCUGAUCCUGCCCGCCGGGAAGCAGUGAAGAAGAAGACAGCCGAGUAUCUACAUCGGGCCGAAGAGCUGGUCCAGCUGACCCAUCUCCAGCCAUGAGCCAGGAUCUAAGUCCCCUCCCUGCCCCCAGGGCAUGGGGCUGAGCUGAGAUCUGAACCCCAAACUGCCUUUCCAAAAGGAUCUAGGGCCAACACAUUCACAUACCAGUGACUUAGCUAAAGCCCUUCCCUCAUGUCCCCACUGGGCUCAGAAGCAGGACUACAGGCCCCGGCUAGAAACACACCACUCACGGCGCCUCCAUGGUUUGCUUUAACGCAGGGCUGUAUGGUGAAGGGGGGAAAUCUCUCCACACUACUAAAGAUGUUUGAGUCUAUA